AUGCGACAGCCAACCGGGGAGCAGCUUGUUUUCCACCAUUCCGUGUUCACGGAAACCUGUAAGAUACCAUAUGGCAGGGUAACGUCCUAUGGGCAGAUUGCACGUCGAAUAUACCGGCCCCAGAAUGCCAGACAGGUGGGAAUGUCACUCAAAAACCUCACUACGUAUACUCGGUUCUUUGACGAUCCCGAGUUCCAGAACCUGCCGUGGUGGCGGGUGGUGAACUCCCAGGGGGUGAUUUCAAAACGCGAGCGGGCAGAAGCCGUGACCGAGCAGGCAACUCUCCUAAGAAGAGAAGGUGUGAUGGUAUCUGAGCGUGGUGGUGAGUAUUUCAUAGAUCUCAACGAGUUCGGCUGGUUUGAGGAUGCCAGCGACGACAGCGAAAGCAGCGACGAAAGUGACGAUUAG